GGUAGGACUUUUAGUUAUAAAAUAAUAACUUCAACUUGCAGGAAGCAAAUUCACAUUGGAAGAACAAAACGCAUGAAAUGGAAGCCUUUGAGAUCAUCUUUCUUUUGAUAUUUGGUGGUUACAAGAGAUGAUAUGCAAUAGCAUUAGCUUAUGCAAAUGAAGAAAACACCAGUUCACAGUUUGCAUCAAUCUAAUCAAGGAAAAAGGAACGUUGGUGUCCAAGAUAGAGGUGCAGGCAAUGGCACCCACAAGCGCAGUGUUGAGAACCAUUCUGUUCUGACAUAUUUCAAUUCUGUGAAGAAUUUUUUUUCAUUUUUUCUAUCUGGGAAAAGAAAAUUUGCCUCAGAAUCCCCUCAGAGUGAAGAUGGAAAGACCACACACAAGGUCGGAGGGGUAUCGUCUUCAGCAGAUGUAUCGUCUGAUAGUUCUAGGAGUUCAUCAAAAUAUGUAUUCUCUCAAUCCUCUACAUCAUCUGGCACUUCAAGUAGCCACCUUGGAGUUGGGAACUUCACCUUUGAGGAAAUUUACAAGGCAACAGCAAAAUUCUCUCCAGACAAUAAGAUUGGGGAAGGUGCGUUUGGAACAGUGUAUAAGGGAAGGCUUUAUGAUGGAUCCCUCGUUGCUGUGAAGCGUGCCAAGAAGGAUUUACAGAACAAGAACUUAGCUGAGUUCAAGAAUGAAAUAAACACCUUGUCAAAAAUUGAGCACAGGAACCUUGUAAGGUGGCGUGGGUAUUUGGAGCAUGGAGAUGAAAAGAUUCUUGUUGUUGAAUAUGUUAGUAAUGGAACUCUUCGAGAACAUUUAGAUGGUGUUCGGGGAAAUGGACUAGAAAUUGGUGAGCGUCUGGACAUAGCCAUUGAUGUAGCUCAUGGAAUUACUUACCUUCACAUGUACACAGAUCAUCCAAUUAUUCAUAGGGAUAUCAAAGCAUCAAAUAUCUUGAUCACUGAUAAACUAAGGGCCAAAGUAGCAGACUUUGGUUUUGCUCGGUUGGGUUCAGAAGACCCUGCUGCAACCCAUAUUUCAACUCAAAUCAAAGGAACAGCUGGGUACAUAGAUCCUGAUUACAUGCGAACGCACCAUCUAUCUGAAAAAAGUGAUGUCUAUUCCUUUGGUGUGUUGCUUGUUGAAUUGAUCACAGGACGACAUGCAGUUGAACCAAAGAGACCUCUCAGUGAGAGAGUUACGAUAAAAUGGGCAAUGCAGUUGUUGAAACAAGGAGAAAUAGUGAUUGCCAUGGAUCCAAGACUAAAGAGAAAUCCAGUAUCAAACAAAGCAGUGCAAAAGGUUCUGAAGCUAGCUUUCCAGUGCCUUGCACCGGUGAGGCGAUCACGGCCAUCUAUGCAGAGUUGUGCAGAGGUUCUGUGGGAAAUCCGCAAAGACUAUACAGAUAGAUCAUCUUCUCAUACUCAUAAUGGUUCUCACCAUUCUGCAAAUUUCCCUCAAAGAGAUGGCAGAAAGAACAGGCAUAAGACAUAUGGUAUUGAAGAUGGUAAAGGCUAUAAAUUUGUAUCUGCAUAACCAAUUUCACAUUGGAAGUUUGUUCAUUGAUUGUUCAAAUAGUGAACACUUGUCCACUACAGCUCUUGUUUGUAUAAUGUUCCUUACUUGAAGCUGUUAGUUUCACAAGGUUUUCCCUCUUCCAUUUUGAAAUUCUCAAGGUUUUAGAUUGUUGAGACUGGAAGGUAUGAUCUGUUUGUAACCCAAAUGGGUAAGAUUGCCAAGUUAAGGGACACUCAUCAGCUUGAAUUUCAGGAUAUGCUAGCUUUUGUAAAGUCUUUUGUUGUAAACAAUAAACAGUGAAUUAUUUUUUUUUAUAGAAGUAAGAAUCUAUUAUUUGACUUUAA